AUGUUCUCUGUCAAAUCCCUGCUGGUCUCUCUCGUUCUUACCGCCGUUUCUGUCUCGGCCACCCCGGCCCUGUCUCUGUCUCUGUCAGGCGGAAGCACUGUUAAGGGCGUCGAGCACCUCACGGUCAAGGCUACCAUCACCAACACUGGCGACGAGACCUUGAAGCUCCUCAGCGACCCCCGUUCGCUCUUGUCUAAGCGCCCGGUCAACAAAUUCAGGAUCGCUGAUGCCAACGGUGCCCGUCCCACCUUCACUGGUGUCAAGGUCAAGUACUCGCCUGAGGUCGCUGCCAAGCAGGGCGCCUACACCGUCCUUGCACCUGGUGCCUCGAUUGAGGUUGACCACGAUCUGUCCCAGGGAUACAACUUCUCUGCUUGCGGAGCCGGCUCCUUCGACUUUGAGGGUGACAGCACCUUCUACAUCGUGAAGGAUGACGACUCGAUUGGUAUCGUCCAUGCUGAGGAGACUAGCGCCUACACCGCCCAGCUGUCUGGCAACCUGGCCAUUGCCCGCCGCGACGAGCAGACCGCGAUCAACUCUGCUGUUGCCGCAGCUGAGACCUACGCUUCUUCGUCGUACAACUACCUGGUUGGUAUCAGUGCCACCACCAACAGGUACUCCACCUGGUUCGGAACCUACACCGCUGCCCGCAAGAGCACCGUCCAGUCCCACUUCAACCUGAUCAACGGCAACGACUUCUCGAGCUUCACCUACGAUUGCACCUGCACAGACAGCGCCUACGCUUAUGUCUACGCUGGCACCUUCGGCAGGAUCUACUUCUGCAAUGCUUUCUGGAACGCUCCCACCACCGGUACCGACUCCAAGGCUGGAACCAUCAUCCACGAGGCCUCCCACUUCACUCGCAACGGUGGAACCGACGACCACGCUUACGGCCAGACUGCUGCCCAGAACCUCGCCAGGAGCAACCCUGCUCUCGCUGUCAUGAACGCCGACUCGCACGAGUACUUCGCUGAGAACACCCCCGCUCGCACAUAG